AACUUCCUUCCCACAGCCGCUGAGGGCUGGCCCCGCUGGAAUUUGGGUGCCUGGCUCUGUUUGCCAAGCUGCUUGACGUGUGUUUCAUCUGGUCAGGGUAGCUGGCUCGGCGCCAACAGGCGGAUCGCUAGAUAUCAGAAUAAAGCAGAUAUAUGUUUAUUGCUAUAAGAUGGGGGUUAACCGGAUUCCAGCCCGUCAGGCAGACCUGAGGCAGGGAGGAGGUCCCAAGGAAUGCUUUGAAGUCAUCACUCUGGAAUGUGCCAUUUCACACAUAAAAGGGACUUACAUGUGCAACAGGUAUCAAGCAAGGUUUAAGAACUUUAAUCCUGAGCCUACCGAGAGAAAACAAAAAAGGCAAAAACUCCUCUGAGUGCCUUUGGAAUCCAUCACCCUGAAUUUCUCAAUGCCUCACUCUUCAAGUAUUCUAAACACUGAAAGACAUCAGUCCUUGUAAGAAGUAAUUCCUGAUCCACUGAGAAAUAGAGACAGAGAAUCCAGCAGACAACAGCAGCACUCGUGGAAGUUGCAAAACACAGAUGAGGUCGUGGGAGUUGGGUGGUGCCAUGAUCAGUCCUCAAGUGCUCAGGGAGGAAGCAGUGAGCAGGAGUGAGUGGAGAUGGUUCUGUCACUGGGAGGAGAUAAAUACAGAGGAGGCAGGCACUUGGCUUCUUGUGGUGUUCUGAUGACCAGAACUUCUCCUUUGCAAGCACCUGUAAAGAGCCAUACUCUUUCAAGAAAUUUCUUCAAUGUUGCCACACCACUAAUAAAUAAAAGAAAAGAAUAUUCUGAAAGAAGAAUUAUAGGGUAUUCCAUGCAGGAAAUGUAUGAAGUUGUUGCUGUUGUGGAGAAUUACAAACUCUUUGUUCCUUGGUGUAAAAAGUCAGACAUACUCUCGAGGCGCUCUGGCUACUGCAAAGCACAGCUAGAAAUAGGAUUCCCUCCUGUAGUAGAGACAUACACAUCAAUUGUAACCCUAGUGAGACCACAUUUAGUUAAGGCAUCAUGCACAGAUGGAAAACUCUUUAAUCACUUGGAAACAGUGUGGCGUUUGAGCCCUGGUAUCCCUGGUUAUCCAAGGACAUGUACAUUGGAUUUUUCAAUUUCUUUUGAAUUUCGUUCACUUCUACACUCAAAACUUGCUACAUUGUUUUUUGAUGAAGUUGUAAAGCAGAUGGUUGCUGCCUUUGAAAGAAGAGCAUCCAAACUCCACGGCCCAGAAACCAGCAUCCCUCGGGAGCUGAUGCUGCAUGAAGUUCACCAGACCUAAAGGAAACUGUAACAACCUCAGCUAUAAACUCGUUUGUACACUUCA